AUGAGCAGGAGAUGCCAUAUGUGUAAAAUUUAUUGGAAAAAAGAUGGCAAUAUUUCUUUUCAUUCAAUCCCAAAAGAUCCUAUUUUUCGAAAACAAUGGAUAGAAGCAUGUAAAUUACAUGAAAUUGCAGAAAACUAUCCUGAUAAGUUAUCUUUAAUAAAAAUAUGCUCUAUGCAUUUUGGUGCUAACUCCUUUAUACCGCACAACAAUAACAGUAAUAGGACAUAUCUUAAAUCUAAUGCUGUACCAAGAUUGAAUAUAGAAAACAACAAUAUGGUUCUAGAAAUUGAAGCUGCACAUAAAAAUCCAAACAAGGAAUUGAACAGCAAUCUUCAUUAAAUCCUCUAAGUUAUAAAAUAAUAGAUCCGAAUAUGUGUGUUAUAAAUGAAAUUUCUGCAGUUGUAAAAACAGAAAAAUCAAGUAUAUUUAAUGAAAAUGAUGAGAACAAAUAAUAUGUACACCAGUAAAACAAACAGUUAAUGAUAAUAGCGUUACAGUCGAUAAUAAUGUCACGGAUACUUUCUUCAUAAACAAGAAACCAAAUUCGCAUUAUGAGAAUGCAGCAUAUGUAAGUCAAUUAACUGAAGAACACUUAGCUAUACAGAAAAGGAGGAAGGUUAAUUUAUCUUUUAUAAAAAGUAAAUUAAAGGAGAAGGAAGAAACGAUACA